CAUGAAAGAAGGAAAACAUUUACAUUUGCACUAUCACGAGGUACGAUAAUAUCGAUUAAACAAACUGUAAAUAGAAAUUAUUAUUAUCGUCCAAUUUAUCUAUUUUAUAUAAAAUAUUACAAUGUCAGCUUCUCUUGAGCCUACUCUACUGGAAAAAAGAAUAGCGGACGCUUUUGAUGUCUUUGACAAUGCUCGAAGCCAUGAAGUUGAUGUUAGAGAGUUGGGAACUAUUAUAAGAUCAUUAGGGUGUGUUAUUUCAGAAGCUGAGCUACAAGAAAUUCAAGUAGAAGUUGAAGAUGUAGAAAAUAACUGUGUAACUCAGGAGAGAUUUGUUGAAUAUAUGUCAAAGGCCAUAUGUGAACAAAAAUUUAAACCAGCCGACCCUGAAGAAUUACUUCAAGCAUUUCAGCUUCUAGAUCCAGAAAAUCAUGGGUAUGUUAUGCGAGCUGAUUUAGAGAAGGCUUUGAUGGAAAUCGGAGAACCAUUUACUAAGGAGGAAGUUGAUGAAAUGAUGGCAGUUGCUUGUAAUCCUACUACAAAUAAAAUAAAUUACGAGCAUUAUAUAAACCUUUUAAUCGUGGAUUGAAACAACGGAAUUUCUUUAAUGAUGGUUUAAUGAUUUGAUGAGUUAUAACACCAAAUACAAAUGUAAAAUAUUCGAAAACUUCAUAGAAUAUUUAAUAUUUUAGUAUAAAAUUUAUAUAAAAUACAAUAAUAUC